UUAAGUAGUUUUUUAAACCAUGGAAGGGUCUAAUGGUGUUAGAUGUCCGUCUUUGGAGAAUAGUAGUGUUGUGCCCUUGCCCGUGGGAGGGUCCCCGACCUCGGCUAACAGUUCUGACAUGUAUAUGUACGACGAUUCUUCAAUGUCUGACGGAAGUCUGUACGCGAGUGACCAGGAAAAUCUAUCUACGCCGAGAAGGAGGUCAGACUUCAGACGUCUGCACAGACGAAGAUCGUCGCUGCGUUGUCCCCAGCAGCAGAUCCAGCAACGGCAAGCCGCGAACCUACGCGAGCGCAGACGAAUGCAAUCUAUUAACGACGCGUUCGAAGGCUUGAGAGCUCAUAUCCCCACCCUGCCGUAUGAAAAGAGGCUGUCUAAAGUUGACACUCUGAAGCUAGCUAUUGGCUAUAUCAGUUUUCUUGGUGAACUGGUUCGAGUGGACCGUUGCACGUCGGAGACCAUGCUAUCAGGAGUUGCCAAUACACACAACAAAGAAGAACAGAAGAAAGUCAUUAUUAGAGCUCGUCAAAUAUUUGAUGCCACAGGCGUGCCUACCGUCGAAGUGGAUAUGGUGACCGAACUCGGGCUAUUUCGAAUUGCCGUUCCGUCAACCGACAUCAAGAAAAUUGCUGAAGCCGUACAGUUGCGCGACAACAAUGGAUCAGAAUACCACGGCAUGGGUGUACACGGCGCUGUCAAAAAUAUAAACACAAUUAUUGCACCAGAACUUAUCAAGCAAAACCUAGAGGUCACCAUGCAAAAAGAGAUCGAUCAAUUCAUGAUCGCUCUCGACGGAACCGACACCCGAUCACGUCUCGGCGCCAACGCAAUCAUGGCGGUGUCGCUAGUGGUAGCGAAAGCUGGAGCCGCUAAGAAGGGCAUGCCACUGUACAGACAUAUCUCAGACAUGGCUGGAGUCACCACCAUCAUACUGCCAGUUCCUCACUUCACUAUCCUGACAGGUGGAAUCCUGUCCUCCAAUGGAUUGCCAUUUCAAGAAUACAUGAUCAUGCCGACCGGAGCGUCAUCAUUUGCGGAAGCGAUGCGUAUUGGUACAGAAAUAUACACGUACGUUAAACAACUCAUACAAGCCAAAUAUAACGUGGAUACGGCGUACGUGAGCGAUAACGGUGGCUUCUCAAUCCCGCUACAAAGUCACAGGGAUGCGCUUCUCUUUCUUACCGAUGCUAUUAAACAAUGCGGACACUUCGGAAAGGCUGAAAUAGGCAUCAACGCUUCGGCUUCUGAUUUAUAUAAAGACGGUGCUUAUGAUUUAGAAUUUAAAAACCCUAAUUCCAAUCCACAAGAAUACAUGUCAUCGGACAAGCUCGCGGAAGUGUACCUGGACAAUGUGAAGGAGUUCCCCGUGUGCUCUCUCGAGGAUGCCUUCGACUACGACGACUGGGCAGCAUGGUCGCUGCUGACCACCCGCACUAAUGCACAGCUGUUCGGCAACGACUUGACGCAGACGAACCUCAGGCGAGUUGGCCUUGCCGUCGAGAAGAAAGCCGGUAACACGAUUGGCUUGAGAAUAAAUCAAGCUGGAACUUUGAGUGAAAUCAUUGAAUGCUUCAAGAUUUUGAAAUCGGCUAAUUUUGGCGUGUGUGUCUGUGAUAGAUGGGGAGACACUUCUGAUCUAUUCCUCGCUGACUUGGUGGUCGGACUGUCCGCAGGCCAGAUCAAGUGUGGCGCGCCCGUGCGCGGCGAGCGCAUCGACAAGUACAACCAGAUCUUGAGGAUAGAAGAGGAAUUAGGAGCUCUGUCUAAAUACGCCGGCAAAAACUAUCGCGGACAAGUGGCUAAUUAGCCUGUAUUUAUUGAAUUGAAAUACAAUACAAAAUUGUGAUGUCAAUCAGCGUUUUCUUUUCAAUGUGCGUAAACAAAAGUUGUGUGACAUUAAAUGAGUAUGU